CGCCCAUCUCCUCCCCCAUCUCUCUUUCGGCAGCCCGACACCCGACACGCUCCCGGCGCACCGGUCCGCCGCAAUGGACUACAACUUGCAGGAGGAGCUCCUCUCCCUCGGCGAGGACCCGUCCCUGUACCCGAUCUCGAACGAGCUCGAGAUCCCCGACCUCUCGCCCGCCGCCAUCGACUCGCAGCUCUCCGGCGCGAUCGAAGCGAUCGUCAAAGAACCCGACUCCAUCACCUACUCCCCCGCCGGAACGUUCGACGUUUUCGCCUCGGUGUUGAAACAUGCCGACGCGCCACCCAUUACCGGCCCCGUGCUCCAAAAGACGCUGGAUGCCAUCCUCCACGGCCUCAAGCACCACUCGGACGCCGUUAUGGUCCUCGUUGCGCCAGGCAACGACGACCUCGACGCGCCGCUGCAGCACAAAGCGCAGCUCGAGCGCUGGGCCUUCCUCCUGCAGUGGUUCGUAGCUGCAGCCGAGCGCGGCGCCGGCCGCAUGCCAGAAGAGCAGGCGGCGGCGGCGAAGAAGGGGCGCGGGAGGAAGGCUCCCCCCCGUCCUGCCCAGUCCAGCAGUCUUGCGUGGGCUGACCACCUUCCCCACGUCCUUGGGACGAUGCACCGCGCCCUCCGCAUCCCGUCAUCACGCAUCUGGCGCACUAGCUCGGAGCGCGAGGCUUUCAUUAGCUGUUUCACCAAGCCCGCAUACCAGCUCGCCGAGGUCGAAGGCUACCUCAAGGCCAACGAGGUGCGCCUCGGCAUCUACAAGGUCAUCUGCCUUGCCGUCAAGUUCCACGGGCACGGCUUCGGCGCCCAGACCUCCAUCAUGCAGAACCUUACCUACUACGAGCACUUGAGCGAGCCCAUGGCGGAGCUCCUGACCAUCCUCGACAAGGAGUUCGACUACCCCCAGCUUGCGGAGGAGGUGCUCCGCGAAGUUGCCGCCAAGACCUUCUUGCACAAUGAUGCCAAGGGCCCGCGCUCGUUCCAGCGCUUCCUCGUUCGCUUCGCCGAGAUGAGCCCUCGCGUUGUGCACAAGCAGAUGCCGCUGCUGCUCGCCCACCUUGACAGCGAGGCCCACCCCAUGCGCAUGGCCGUUGUCGAGGUCAUCGGGCUGUUGAUCAAGGACCUCUCCAUGUCCGAUGAGGGAGAGGAUGAGCAGAAGCAGAAGCAGAUCAAGCGCUUCUUCGAGAUCCUCUUCGAGCGGUAUCUCGACCUCAACUCCUAUGUGCGCUCCAAGGUUCUCACAACGUUGAUCAAGCUCUGCGACCUUCCUGCCAAGUUCCCAAAGCAGCGGACGCAUAUGACCGAGCUCACAAUUCGGACGCUGGCAGACAAGACAUCAUCGGCGCGACGAUACUCGAUCCAGCUGCUCUGCCGGCUGCUCGAAACUCACCCCUUUGGCGCGCUGCACGGCGGAACCCUCAACCUCCCCGAGUGGCAGGAGCGGUACGAGAAGCUCUGUGCCGAGCUCGACAAGGUCGACACCCACGAGAUGGAGAAGGCUAGAGCGGAUGCCGGCAUGGACGACGAGGAAGAGGAGCAGACGGGGGAUGAAGCAGAGGGCGAGGACAAAGACGGCGAGGAGAAAGACGGCGAUGAGAAGGAAGGCGAGGAGGCUGACGAAGACGCUGAGGGCGAGGACGGCGAGGACGCCACGCCAAAGCCUAAGAGGGCCAAACGCAAGUCUGGGGCCAAGAAGCCGCGCCAGUCGCAGAUAGACCUUGCCGCCGUGCAGGCAGAACAGGCAUCGUUGAACCCCGAGACCAUAAUGCGCCUCCGACUCACGAAGAAGUACUACUCUGAUGCCCUCAAGUUUAUCAAGCAGAUCGAGGGCGCGAUUCCAACCCUUUGCGAGCUGCUCGUGAGCACGAACAAGUCCGAGGCACUCGAAGCAAUGCGCUUUUUCCGCACCGCGUACGAGUACAACAUCGAGUCGUCCGAGCAGGGCAUCAAGACUAUGCUCCAUCUCAUCUGGACCAAGGACAACAAUGCCACGACUGAUGACGGCACAGACGGCCGCAGCAUCCGCGGCAACCUCAUCGAGGUGUACCGCAGUCUGUACUUUGACGUCGUUCCCGAUCUGGCUCCCAAGCAGCAGGUCAACCGCAUCGCCAAGAACAUGCUUGAGCGAACGUACGGCGCUACUCUUGCCGAGCUCACCUCACUUGAGGAGUUGAUGCGCACGAUGAUGGCUGAUGGUGGCGUGCAUCCCGACGUUAUCAACAAGCUGUGGCAGGUGUACAGCACCAGCCAGGAGAUCCCCAAACCGCAGCGCCAGGGCGCCAUCAUCAUCCUUGGCAUGCUCGCUGUCGCAAAGCGCGACGUUGUGGCGGAGCGUGUUGAGUCAUUGUUAAAGAUUGGUCUUGGUCAGCACGGACAGAACGACCUGGUACUCGCACGUUACACCUGUAUCGCUCUGCAGCGUCUGGGAGGCAGUGCCAAGAAGGUUAAGGGCUCGCUCACCGACAAGACGAUGCGUUUGCCAAUGGACAACGCCAUUUUCGUUAAGCUCCAGCAAAUCAUCGAAAGGCCGUCCCGCUCCCCUCAGUGGUUCGCGAUGGCUGAACAGGCCAUCAACACUAUCUAUCUUCUGGGCGAGCAGCCCGACGCAUUGUGCGGUACUAUCAUCCGCAAUAUGACGGCCAAGGUGGCCAAGCAGGCCGCGGUGGCUUCGCCCGCGGAGGCCGUUGAGGAGCUCGCUGAUCCAACGUCGCCCAGCAAGGCUGGCUCGCCCAAGGCGUCGUUGUCCCGCUCCAACUCGGAGGGCUCGAUGCAGACUGCCGUGACAUCCCUCAGCGGCGACGAGGUGAGCGCGUAUGCACUGGCGCAGCUCGUCUUCCUCGUCGGCCACGUAGCGCUCAAGCACAUUGUUUACCUCGAGCUGGUCGAGCGCGAGUUUAAGCGCCGCAAGGACGAGAAGGCUAAGGAGAAGGCCGCAGCCAAGGCGGCUGACAAGGACGGCAAUGACCUGGAUGCUGUCGCUGGCAACGCAGAGGAUGACAUUGGCGACUUGAUCUCGGGUAUUCGCGAGAAGGAGCUGCUGUACGGCGACAAAAGCUUGCUUGCUGUCUAUGGCCCGCUCAUUGUUGGCAUCUGCGCGAGCCCGAAGCGUUACAAGUCGCCUACUCUCCGCCAGGCAUCGACUCUCGCCUUGACAAAGUUCAUGUGCGUUAGCGCUGAGUUCUGCGAGGCCCACCUUCCGCUCCUUUUCCAGAUCUACAAGAAGGUGCGCGACCCCGUCGUGCGCUCCAACAUCGUCAUCGCGCUCGGCGACCUUGCUGUCUGCUGGGGCUCGCUCAUUGACGACAAUUCGGAAGUGCUAUACCAAGGCUUGACCGACCCCGAUGGUGUGGUCAAGAAGAACACCCUUAUGGUGCUCACACACUUGAUCCUGAACGGCAUGAUCAAGGUCAAGGGCCAACUCGGGGAGAUGGCUAAGUGUCUUGAGGACCCGGACACACGCAUCUCGGACCUGGCCAAGCUCUUCUUCACCGAGCUGAGCACCAAGGACAAUGCGCUGUACAACAACCUUCAGGACGUCAUCUCGCAUCUGUCGAUUGGCGCGCACGCCGUCGACGAGCCGACAUUUGCCUCAACGAUGCGCUUCAUCUUCCGCUUCAUCGAGAAGGAACAGCAAGCCGAAGCGAUCGUCGAGAAGCUGUGCCAGCGGUUCCGACUCGCGAGCGACGAGCGUCAGUGGCGCGACAUCGCCUUCUGUCUCUCACUACUGCCUUUCAAGUCGGAGCGCAGCAUGAAGAAGCUCAUCGAGGGCCUGCCAUUCUACGCCGACAAGCUCGCCGAGGAGACAGUGUUCAAACGAUUCACCGAGAUUCUGCAGAAGGCGCGCGCAAACAAGAGCGCUGGCAAGCCCGAGACCGAGCUCAAAGAGUUCGAGGCAAUCCUGAACGAACACGCAGCCAAGGGGCUCGAGGAGCAGGCGCUCGAGGCCGACGUCGCGAAGAAGACCAAGGCGGCGAAACGGCGAGCGGCCAAGCGUGGCGCGGCCGCGCCCACACCUGCACCCAAGGAGCGGGCACGACGCGGGCGGCGAAAAGCUGUCAGCGAGGAGGAGGAAGACGACGACUAGUGCUCUUGACCCUUGACCCUGUUGUACCCAUGCCAUUAGAUACGGACUGUCUACGAUCUAGCGUUCUAGCGUCUAGAGUCUCUAUUUUGUCGGGAAGAAGAUGGCGGGCACACCGCCAACGAGCGCCAUGACACCCGUGUAUAUGAGCAGGCCGCCAUAGUUUGUGGCGCCGUAAGCGCCCUUG